CUUACCCCGUAGUAGAGCGUUGUCUUGUCAACGUCAGUGGCUCUAUCAGCUGUGACAUUUGUUUUGCCUUCAAAAUAUGUCAAAACUCUAAAAUCUUGAUCAAAAUAAACAUGUUAUGUAUGGCUUUACCCUGAUUUUUCACAGUACAUUAUUAGGAUUUUUCAUUGACACUCUGGGAAGAUUGAAAUUAUCCGUGAUCGUUCUAUAGUUUGUCCAUGAAUAUUUAAACGGGUUAACCUUGGCGACCAUCUAGAGAUCAGUUUCACCAGACUUUCAGGUUCGCGAAAUGACCCUCAUCGAAGGUAUCGGGGACGAAGUAACGCAUUUCUUUAUCGCAGUAUUCGCCAUCGUAGUAGGUAAUUUAUUACAAAUCCAUUUUGAGUUAACAUUUUGAUUGAUCACUUUGCAGUAACUGUAGCAUGGUGGACAACCAAUAUUUCUGAGCAGAGACACGUAAGGACUGUUCUGUUGCUUGAAAGAAGAAGGCAUAGGUUCCACAGAAGGUUAACCAACCAUACGGAGUCUGUUACAAUUAGCACAGGUACUUCUUCUCUCCCACCAGUACAAGAAGAGCCGAGCAGUAGCACCUCACAUGCACCAACUGAAGGGGCUCAGCCUGUAGAAGUGAAACCCCCGGAAGAAGAAUCUCAGCUUCCUGAAGCAGAAGAAGGUGAUCCAGAGAUAGAAGAGAUCUUGGAAGGUGUUGGGGAAGAGCAGAGUAUCAUUGACACUAUGGAUGCAGAUGCGAAUGAGCUGAGGCAACGUCGCUUGGCUUUUUAUAAUGUUCUAGGAAACAGGAAUGAAGAACCAACAACUUCCUCUGCUAGCCAAUCUCAAGAACCUUCUGCUCCACCUGAAGAAAAGGUACAUAGUGGAACAGAUAAUCGAAAUACAGGUAGUUCUACAUAUAGUACAAAUAAUGGUGAAAAUCAUACAGGUGGCAUAACAAUCAAACUGAAGUAUAUUAAUGAUGAUCUGAAGCUAGUGGAUGGCAGAUUGGAUGAAAUGUUGGGGGAGUUUAAAAGGCGACAUUUUCAGCCAGAGCUGUCACAAAAUAAACUAGUGAGAUUAAUUUUUAAUGGACAGGUCCUACAACCAGACACACAAACACUGAAGAGUUGUGGGCUCUUCCACAACUGUGUAGUGCAUUGUCUUGUCCAUCAAAAGAAACAGCAACAGACACAAGGAGAGACAUCUGGAGGCAGUAGAGCAGAGGGAUACUCAUUUCAAAAUACAGGUGGUCUGCCACAUAUGAACAACAACAAUCAGAAUAGAGACUGGGAUUUAGGAAACUUUUUGUUUGCCUUCAUCAGCUUUAUCCUUCUGGCUGCUUGGUACUUUAGAUAUGUAUAUGCCCACCUGUAUACCCUGACAGCGACAGUAGGGCUGAUACUCAUUACAGGAAUCUUCACUAUCAUGCUCGUAGGAUUCUAUUUUCCGGAAGACGAGAAUAUUCCGAAUCCAACAAUACGGAUUGCAAGGGAACGACUGCCCACACAAACCACCACUUCUGCCACUGCACAGCAACAGUAAUUUUUUGAUCAAAAUGAGACAGUUCACGUUGUCCUCUAAGAAAAUUGACUUGGAAAUCUUCGAUCAGACCGAUUAAUUCGUGUAUUUUUUAAAAUCGAUAGAGCUAUUCCUCGAGUUUUCGAGGUACUAAAAGAUUCUGGGAGGUGAGUCGGCGGUGGGCGUUUAUGGUUAUAAUGUCAUAAUGCAUAUUAUAAAGAGAUAAUUUAAAGUAACAUCCAUAUGUGUGUGAACCUCAGAUUGAUCUCACGAUUCAAUCAUAGUUCCCAUAGUUUCCCAUAUUACAUAGCUGCUAUAUAAGCCUGAUACAAUUAUUAAGGAAACCAAAGAUAAGUCGUGUAGUUUUGAAAAUUGGUAGAUUCCUUGAGGUGCUCAAAUAAACUUACCAAAAGGCUGUGGGAAGUGAGCUGGCGAUGAGUGAGUAGGAAAGGUCUCACUUUCAGGUUUUUGCAUGCAUCUCGCAAAAUUAUUUAAUAUACAUAUUUAAGAUAGGAUUAAUGCUUUAGGAGCUUCAGGGUAUAUUAUGACAGAUUUUUAAAUUCAGCUUCGAAAUUUGACAGCACAAUUGAAUAGUCACUCUUUUCAGUUGCUGCGGUCGCAGUUUUUUGUAUUUUUAAAAAUGUACCUGUUUCAUUUUUACCAGCUAAGAUACCCUGUAGCUCCUAAGAAUUUGGUGCGAAUUUUGACAUUUUUCACAUGUUCAGAGACACAUGGAUCUAACCUUAAAUUAUCUAUAAUCUUAAACAUUCCUUUAAAAAACCUCAAGGAAAAAUCAUUAUUCUAUGCUUUGCAUGAGCAGACAAAAAAUAUUGAAUAUAUUUUUAUCAACACGAAUGUACAAGUGUGAGCAGAGGCUGUGGAUUCGAAAAGAGUAGAUGAAAAUUGUUACUGUUUUGACCGAAUUAUGUUCUGACGUGAACUGUCUCGUUUCAGCUUAUUUAUUUCAGAAAAUAGUUAUUUCAUUUUUCCUAAGUUAUAAAAAGGCUUGUGUACAGAUUUGUAAUUUAAGUUUAAAUUUUAUACAAUUGGUAUUAAAUAAAGUUAUUGUAUGUUCA